AUGCCCAAGAGCAAGAUUCAAUGCCCAUUAUGCGGCAAAAUUUUGAAGAACCGCGAAGAUGCCCAAACUGUUCACGAUCGAACCUGCUCUCGAUUCAAGCGGCUCCACCAGGAGUCCGUUCAGUACAUCCAACAACACUUGGCAAACCAAUCUCAGCUGCCUGCGGAAACCCCAAUGGAGAUCGACCAUCCUCCGCCACCAGCGCUACCACCACCACCCUCCCCUCCAGUCACUCGACCGAGUGGGCUUCCCAACCGGCGCACUCGAGUACCUUCUAAAUUCAACGACGCAGCACCACCACGACCUCCACGGCUUCGACGACGCGACGUUCAGAAUCAAAUAUCCCAGCCUCCCCUCGCAUCUCCGCCAAGUGCGCCAUCUCCCGCGCCAUUUGACGCUGCCCCUUCGCCUCCACCACCUCCAAAAGAUUGGGUACAAACUCUCCCCAACGCGUUUGGUCUCUACAAGAUUUAUCCUCGUCGCCCAACUCACGAUCCUGACGAGUCUGUGGGCCUCUCUGACCUGUAUCGGGUGCCCAAACCUGGUGAUCCGGCUCUCAAAACCCUUCCGCUUCCACCGGAGCCAUGGUACUACCCCUUUCCCAACGAGUCGGUCGCGCAUAUGAUCAAAUACCAUGUCGAAGAAGAGCAUCCGCAGUCUAUUGCUGGAUUCGAUCGGUUAGUUACGAACUUCCUGCAUCCAAACGAGGAGGCACAGUCAGACGGAAUAUCUUUGCAUGAAUUGCCAACGCCAUUUUCUACCCAAAAGUUCUUAGACCAGCUCGACAAGAACGGUAUCACACCACUUGGUAUCACAGAUAAGUGGAAGAAUGCUUCUGUUACAAUCAGACUCCCUUGUGUGGGUGUCAAUCAAUCCGAAACUGCGGCGCCUUGUUUUACUGUCAACGACAUCCUCCACCGUCCUCUGCUUGACCCCAUCAAAGAGGUUUUGCAAGGGCCUCUUUUCCAACGGUUCCACACCACUCCAUUCUCUCUGCGAGCUAUUCCUGAAUCCGACUUGCUGUCACCCGUUGUGGCCGAUGACGCGCCAACCCUGAACGAGUAUGGGCUACCUCCUCUCCUCCCUGACCACGAAGAAAUCUUCACCUAUCACGCCAUUCCCCAACCCCCGGCUCCUCAAACUCCCGAUGAUGCUGUGGAGAGUAUCGUCGUUGCACUAAUGAUGUGGUCUGAUGCCACCCAUCUGGCGCAAUUCGGUACUGCGUCCCUGUGGCCAGGCUAUACUUUCUUUGGAAAUCACCCCAAAGAAUUUCGUGGCAAACCGACAUCCAAUGCUGGGUUCCAUCAAGUUUAUUUUGCAUCGCUUCCAGAUUCUGUCCGUGACUCAUAUCGUCAGCAAUAUGGUUGUGAUAUGCCCGACGAGGUAUAUACUCACCUGAAGCGCGAACUUAUCCACGCGAUUUGGGAGCUAUUACUGUCCGACGAAUUUAUGGACGCUUACGAUAACGGCAUUAAAAUCAAGUGUUGGGAUGGGCUUGUUCGCUUGGUAUUUCCGCGUUUCCUCAUAUAUGGCGCAGACUAUCCAGAAAAGUGGAAGGGGCAGAUCAUGGAGACGGGCACCGUCAAUGACAUGAAGCGUCGGAGUAACAUUCGAGUGGAUGAUCAUCCACGACGGUCAACCAUCGAGUCCGCCCGGGCGGCCAUCUUUGGCAACGGAAAUGCAGUUGCUGGUUCCGCCAUCGACAAAAUGCUCAAGGCACAAUCUUGGGCGCCUACCCGAAAUGCUUUCUCAAAACUGGAUACGAUCAAGACGCCGUUCAAUUUGUUCACAAUGUUCGUACCCGACCUCUUGCAUGAAGUCGAAUUGGGGGUCGCCAAAGCCAUUGUCAUCCAUAUUAUUCGAAUGUUACACGCCUUCAAGAACAUCGAUGAAUUUGACCAACGAUUCCGGCAGAACGUGUCCGAGUUGAAAUACGCUGCCGCCAGAAACUACGAAGACAUCAUACAGUGUAUUCUCCCGGUUCUCGAAGGAUUAUUUCCUAAACAUCAAGCACUGAUCGACAAACUUGCUUUCGAAUUAGCAAUCUGGCACGGAUAUGCCAAGCUCCGGAUGCAUACUACGUCUACUAUCCAACUCUUUCGCCUGGCGACCAAAGAUCUUUGCACUACCAUUCGUCGUUUUGCUCGUGAAACUGUGAAUGUCAAAACCUACGAGCUUCCCAGAGAAACAAGGCGACGAAUGAACCGACCAUCCAAGGCCUCUCCACCAAACUUAUCCGUUCCAGCCCCGGACAAUCUACCGAUACCUUCUGCCUCAUCGCAGUCUGCUACCCAGGCUGUGGCAACACCUCCGACCUCGAAGAAGAAGAAGACGCCCGCUCAGAAGCUGGAAAAGCCAUUCAACUUAAUCACAUACAAGCUUCACUCAAUCCCCGAUUACCCCGAUGCUAUUGUGCGGUUUGGAACGACUGAUUCUACUUCCACCCAAAAUGGAGAAGUUGCACACCGUCUCGUGAAGUAUCUCUACCAACGAACCAACAAACGAGAACAUGUAAGGCAGAUUGCGAAGCAUGAACAACGUCGACGAUUAAUGAGGGCCAUGUGGGAACGAAGGAGGCGGUACAAGGAAGCAGAGAAAGGACAUGUCAAUCCAUCCUCGGCCUCGAAUAUUUCCACUUACGCCAACUCCACGAUUUUCGCACAAGCCAAUCAAAAACCGACUCAUUAUACAUACAUGCCUCCCGAACAACAUCAUUACAUCUCGGAUUCCACCCGAACAUCGAUUCGUCUCUCAGACCUUGUCGACACGGACUUGCACUCAGACACUGACACGGAUGGUGGAGAUGGUCCAAUGGCUAUUGACCGACCCGAUCCUGUAAUCCCUGACCCUGCACUACAUAAUUUCACACGCAAGUUAAAGUCUCACCUACGACAAAGGCUCCUAGGUUCGGAGUACGAUGGUGACGACACAUGUUUCACUGAUGAAGAGCUCAUAAAUGUGGUACUCGAGAAGGACACCCUCUAUAAGACCAAGACGUCAUCAACCCCGGUCCCGGAAAUUCUGUAUCGUUCGGGUCAAGACCCACAGAACCGCCAUGAACUCUGGUAUGGCGAAGUCCUUGGGAUUUUCCAUACCCGUGUGCUUCUGGCCGACCAGCCGAACAAAGCUCGACGUAUGGAGUUCCUUUGGAUGCGGUGGCUGCAGCGCGAUGUGACCUACCGAUGUGGUCUGAAGGCUAAGCGCCUGCCUCGCGUACAUUAUAUGCCUCAUGACGUCCCGGAUACAUUUGGCUUCUUGGACCCCAGCGAUAUUAUUCGCGGCUGCCAUCUUAUCCCAGCAUUCGCUCACGGCCGCACUACACAAUAUCUUCCUAAAUCUAUGGCUCGACAGGCAUCUGAACAAGACCAAGACUGGAAAUAUUUUUACGUCAAUAUGGUCGUCGAUCGAGAUAUGAUGAUGCGGUAUCACGACCGCGUCAUUGGUCACCGCAAAACUCGAGCUCCAAUAAGCAAUCCCACAACAGAACAGGAGCAGAUAACUGAAGAAGUUGUCGAUGAUGUGGUGGCUGAUAUGGUCGAUGAUGUGGUGGCUGAUAUGGCGGAGGAGGUCAAUGUGGCGGCUGUUGUGGCGGAAGAAGAUGAAGGAGAAGAAGGAGAGCCAGAUGACUGGGUUGCAGAGGGUGCCGAUUUUGAUACAGAUAGCGAGCAUGAAGAAGAUGAGGGUGGCGAAGACGAAGAUUCACUCAGCCAUGCUACCAUUGUAAGCAGAUUAGGUUAUGAUUCAGAAUAA